AACCCCGGGCUGAAGUAACACCACGCCCGUCCUUGACAGACACCAGGAAGCUAAGAUGGCGGCUGCAGCAGUGAGGAGCCUGGGCUCCAGUUUGGGUAGAAACCUCCGAGAAAUCCGCGUCCACCUCUGCCAGACCUCCGCGGCCAGUAAGGGGGCCAGAGAUUUUGUGGAGCAGCACUAUGUGAGUUUGAAGAAGUCCAACCCAGACUUCCCGAUCCUGAUCAGAGAAUGUUCUGGAGUUCAGGCACGAGUCUGGGCCAGAUAUGAUUUCGGUAAGGAGAGCAGUGUCAUAGUGGACAACAUGUCAGCUGACCAGGUGGCCACAACGCUACAGACUCUGGCUCAGUCCAAACCCUAAACCCCCCUCUGACUGCUGGAAGUGGUUCAAGUCCAGGAUCGACUCACCUGCUUCAUUUGUUCACUUUGUAUGUAAAUGUGUUGAUAUGAAUAAACCUCAAUAUUAUUAAUGCCA